CGCAACAGUUAACAGUCUCAGAGCUCCAAACCCUAGCGCCAAUGGACCUUCAAAACCUAACAGACUACGAGCGUCGGAGGCUCGAGAACAUUCGCCGCAACAAAGAAAUGGUGGCUUCUCUCAAGCUCCACUCCAAAGCCGCCGCACUCUCUGAGGAAGCUAAGCGCCGGAGGGUUGAGUCGAAAUCGAACAAAGUUAGCCCUAAAAAGAAGCCCAAAACGGAAUCCCCAAUUGUCAUCCGGCGGUCCCUCCGAACCCGAGGGUUGCCACCGGAUUUCUCAUCUGGAAAUGGGCUCAAAGAUGAGUUUGUUGAGUCUAUGAUUAAGGGCCCCAAGUCGCCCUCUACGCCUGAGGGCUCCAAGUCGCCCUCUCUGCCUGAGGGCCCUCUUAGUAUUAGAGAUAGGGUAUUUCUUGAUAAGAUUCUGGGUGUUUCAAAGGAAUCUCAGUUGAGAAAUUCAGAUAACUGUUCUGCUGAUGACGAGGUUGAUGAAAAAAAACCAUUGGAUUGCUUGAUUAAGAGGGAAAGUCGCGGGGGAGUUGAGGGCUCGGUUGAUUUGGGGUCAAUGACUUUGAAUGCAGAAAAUAUAUCAAGGAUUAUGCCUGGUAGAAUAAUGAAUUUGAGGUUCUUUCCUUGUAUUGACUCGACAAUGAUUGUUGCUGGUGACAAAAGCGGCCAUAUUGGAUUUUGGGAUGUUGAUUGUGAAAAGGAAAGGGAUGGGGUUUUCUUGUACCAGCCUCAUGAGGAUCCUGUUUCAGGGAUUUUAAUUCAAGAAUUUUCCCAAUCAAAGAUCUUUACGAGCUGCUAUGGGGGUUCUAUUCAAUUGAUGGACGCAGAGAAGGAGGUAUUUGAUAAGAUAUAUUCCAGUGAAAGUGCUAUAUUUUCUCUCUCUCAACAACCAAAUUAUGUGAACUGCUUAUAUUUUGGAGAGGGAAAUGGAGGGUUGAAUCUCUGGGAUAUGAGGGCUGGAAAAGAACCUUCAAGCUCAUGGCCUUUGCAUGAAUACAGGAUCAACACUAUAGAUUUUAACAUAAACAACCCAAACAUCAUGGCUACAAGUUCCUCAGAUGCGACUGCCUGCAUUUGGGAUUUGAGAAAAAUUGAUUUAGAUAAACCAAAAACUUUGAAGACGGUUAGCCAUGCAAGGGCUGUGCAUUCUGCAUACUUCUCACCCUCUGGAAGCAGUCUUGCAACAACAAGUGUUGAAAACAAAGUAGGUCUGCUUGGUGGAGUUAAUUUUGAGGACUUAUCUAUGAUUUACCAUGAAAAUCAUAUGUGCAGAUGGAUUUCUUCUUUCAGAGCCAUAUGGGGUUGGGAUGAUUCUUACCUUUUUAUUGGCAAUAUGAAAAGAGGAGUUGAUAUUAUCUCAACAGCUUGUAGAAAAACAGUUAUGACUUUACAGAGUGCACACAUGUCUGCAAUUCCAUGCCGGUUCAGUGCACACCCUUAUACGGUUGGAAUGCUAGCAGGAGCCACAGGCGGGGGGCAGAUCUAUAUGUGGAAAUCAUGCUAGGAUAUCACUUUCUCUCAAAACCGGUGUAUUUUAUGAUAGUGAGCCAAAAGAUGCGUUUUCUACUUUCUAAAGUAAAUCUUCUGGCAAUUUGCUGUAAAUUUUGCACAUUGACAAGAAAUUUCCUCACUGUAUGUUAAAAGUAGUUUUUUGA